AAAAAAUUUACUUAAAUCAGUGAUAUAAAAUUAUUGUGCAAUUUAUAUAAAAUUUUAUUAAUUUAUAUAAAUUUGAUUUAAAUAAGAAUUCCAGUGCUGAUGCUGUUUUACAAAAUCAGCACGCAGCUGCCAUAGUAAUUAGCCACUCAACUCCAGCAAUCAUGAAAUUCGAACAGGUUCUGAUCAAACAAAACAACUUAUACUGUUUCGUGAAUAAAAUACAUGGGCUAACUAUUUGUAGAUUUGGCUUUUUCCCAAUUUUGUUAAUGAAAGAGAACAAAAUAAUAUUAUUAGCCAAACUUGCGUAGAGAACUUGACCUUUUCAAGGUAUGACUUUAUUAGGAAAGAACCGGAGUAGAGAACCAGUUGAAGAAGUAAAUCUUGAGUUUUGAUCUUUAUUUCAAAUCUAAUAUGAGAACUGUGGUUAAUGAUCAUGAUCCAAUCCAGCUUUCAAGUGGGCCCGUCAUUGAUUUCUCAGCACUCUUGAGCCAAGAUUCUCAGAUAAAGAAUGAGGUCAUCAAAGAAAUUGGCAAAGCUUGUGAAGAUUUUGGUUUCUUCAGUAUCAUUAAUUAUGGGAUAAGUGAAUCAUUGAUAGAAGAUGUCAUGGACGCAAACUCAAGAUUUUUUGACUUGCCAAUAGAAGAUAAAAAGGAGUUGCUAUCUGAUGAUGUCUACAAGCCAGUAAGAUUUGGGAUAGUAACUCAGGAUGACAAAGAAAAUGCGAAAUUCACAAGGGAAUUUCUGAAGCUUUAUGCCCAUCCACUAGGAGAUUGGGUAGGAUUAUGGGCUGCAAAUCCACCAGAUUACAGGGGAAAAAUGAGAACCUACGCCAUAGAAACGAUGACAUUGAGCAGUCAAGUCUUUGAAGCUAUCAUCCAAAGUCUGAGCUUGAGUUCAACAUUUUGGCAAAACAAGCUUGAACAAGGAAUGCAAAUGAUAGGUAUAAACUGUUAUGAAUCAGCUUCUAAAUUGAACGGCAUCAAGAUAGGGCAAGCACAACAUUCGGACCAUACUAUAAUCACUCUUCUUGCACAGAGCAGACCUGGGUUACAGGUCAUGAGCCCCAUGGACGGCGCUUGGAAGGCUGUCCCGACGGGACAUAAAGGUUCCUUGCACGUCCUUGUCGAGGAUCAUCUUCAAGUCCUUAGCAAUGGGAAAUACAAGAGUGUUGUUCAUCGGGUGGUGGCUGGUUCAGGGGAAAGAAGGUUAUCUAUUGCCAGUUUCCAUAGCUUUGCAAUGGAUGAAGUGGUGGAGCCUGCAAUGGAAUUGGUGAAGCAGAAGCAGGAGAAUCCAAACUACAAGGGAAGCAGUUUACGGGACUACCUCAACCAUCUUUCGUCUACUUUUUUAAUAUAA